AUGAAUUGGAAUAAAGGUGGUCCAGGCACCAAGAGGGGAUUUGGCUUUGGAGGUUUUGCCAUCAGUGCUGGAAAGAAGGAGGAACCCAAACUCCCACAACAGUCCCACAGUGCCUUUGGGGCAACCAGCUCUUCUUCCGGAUUUGGAAAGUCAGCUCCACCACAGCUCCCUUCUUUCUACAAAAUUGGAUCUAAACGGGCCAACUUUGAUGAAGAAAAUGCAUAUUUUGAAGAUGAGGAAGAAGACUCUAGCAAUGUUGAUUUGCCUUAUAUUCCUGCUGAAAACUCACCUACCCGCCAGCAGUUCCAUUCCAAGCCACCAGAUUCUGACAGCGAUGAUGAUCCCUUGGAGGCAUUCAUGGCUGAAGUGGAGGAUCAGGCGGCUAGAGACAUGAAGAGGCUUGAAGAAAAGGACAAGGAAAGAAAAAACGUAAAGGGUAUUCGAGAUGACAUUGAAGAGGAAGAUGACCAAGAAGCUUAUUUUCGGUACAUGGCAGAGAACCCAACUGCUGGUGUGGUUCAGGAGGAAGAAGAAGAUAAUUUGGAAUAUGAUAGUGAUGGAAAUCCAAUUGCACCUUCCAAGAAAAUCAUUGAUCCUCUUCCUCCCAUUGAUCAUUCAGAGAUUGACUAUCCACCAUUUGAAAAAAAUUUUUACAAUGAGCAUGAAGAGAUAACCAACCUCACCCCUCAGCAGCUAAUAGAUCUCCGUCAUAAGCUCAAUCUUCGGGUCUCUGGUGCUGCACCUCCUAGACCAGGAAGUAGUUUUGCUCAUUUUGGGUUUGAUGAACAACUUAUGCACCAGAUUCGGAAAUCUGAGUACACACAGCCCACUCCAAUACAGUGCCAGGGCGUGCCUGUGGCGUUAAGUGGUAGAGACAUGAUUGGUAUUGCCAAAACAGGCAGUGGAAAAACGGCCGCCUUUAUCUGGCCGAUGUUGAUUCAUAUAAUGGACCAGAAGGAACUGGAACCAGGUGAUGGACCGAUUGCAGUGAUUGUGUGUCCUACUAGGGAGCUUUGCCAGCAGAUCCAUGCAGAAUGUAAGCGGUUUGGGAAAGCGUAUAAUCUUCGAUCAGUGGCCGUGUAUGGAGGAGGGAGCAUGUGGGAGCAAGCCAAGGCUCUUCAGGAAGGGGCAGAGAUUGUUGUGUGUACCCCAGGUCGACUGAUUGAUCACGUGAAGAAGAAAGCUACCAAUCUUCAAAGGGUCUCUUACCUUGUGUUUGAUGAAGCAGAUCGCAUGUUUGACAUGGGAUUUGAGUACCAGGUGCGAUCCAUAGCAAGUCAUGUCCGUCCUGACAGACAGACCCUCUUAUUCAGUGCAACUUUUCGGAAAAAGAUUGAAAAACUGGCCAGAGACAUCCUGAUCGACCCUAUUCGUGUGGUGCAGGGAGACAUUGGCGAGGCAAAUGAAGAUGUGACACAGAUUGUGGAGAUUCUUCACUCUGGGCCUAGUAAAUGGAACUGGCUUACCCGUCGUCUGGUGGAAUUUACCUCUUCAGGAAGUGUCCUCCUGUUUGUUACUAAAAAAGCCAAUGCUGAAGAGUUAGCCAAUAACCUUAAGCAGGAGGGUCAUAAUCUUGGGCUGCUUCAUGGGGACAUGGAUCAGAGUGAAAGAAACAAAGUCAUUUCAGACUUUAAGAAAAAGGACAUCCCAGUCCUGGUGGCCACAGAUGUUGCAGCCCGUGGUCUGGAUAUUCCUUCAAUUAAGACCGUCAUUAACUAUGAUGUGGCACGAGACAUUGAUACUCAUACUCACAGGAUUGGCCGCACAGGACGAGCGGGUGAGAAGGGUGUGGCAUAUACCUUGCUGACCCCCAAGGACAGCAAUUUUGCUGGUGACCUCGUCCGGAACUUGGAAGGAGCCAAUCAACAUGUUUCCAAGGAACUCCUAGAUCUAGCAAUGCAGAAUGCCUGGUUUCGGAAAUCCCGCUUUAAAGGAGGCAAAGGCAAAAAGCUGAACAUUGGUGGAGGUGGUCUAGGCUACAGGGAGCGGCCUGGCCUAGGCUCAGAGAACACGGACCGAGGAAAUAACAACAAUGUAAUGAGCAAUUAUGAGGCCUACAAGCCCUCCACAGGAGCCAUGGGAGAUCGGCUGACGGCCAUGAAAGCAGCUUUCCAGUCACAGUACAAGAGUCACUUUGUUGCUGCCAGCUUAAGCAACCAGAAGGCAGGAAGCUCUGCUGCUGGGGCAAGUGGAUGGACUAGUGCAGGGAGCUUGAAUUCUGUUCCAACUAAUUCAGCCCAACAGGGCCAUAACAGUCCAGACAGCCCCAUUGCCAGCGCCGCCAAGGGCAUCCCAGGCUUUGGCAACACCGGGAACCUCAGCAGUGCUCCAGUGACCUACCCUUCCGCUGGAGCCCAGGGAGUCAACAACACAGCUUCAGGGAAUAACAGCCGAGAAGGGCCUGGGGGAGGCAACGGGAAGAGAGAGAGAUAUACUGAAAACCGGGGUGGCAGCCGCCACAGUCACGGAGAGAGUGGCAAUCGGCAUGGCGACAGCCCCCGUCACGGAGAUGGUGGUCGCCAUGGAGAUGGAUACCGCUACCCAGAAAGUGGCAGCCGUCAUGCUGAUGGUCACCGUCACGGGGAGAACAGACAUGGAGGAGGCGGAGGCCGACACGGAGAGAGCCGAGGCGCAAACGAUGGUCGGAAUGGUGAAAGCAGGAAAGAAGGUUGCAAUCGUGAGAGCAAGGUGGACCCCAAGGUGGACAGCAAGAUGGACAAGAUGGACAGCAAGACAGAUAAGACAGCUGACGGUUUUGCUGUCCCCGAGCCACCCAAGCGCAAGAAAAGUCGAUGGGACAGUUAG